AUGUCAGUUAAAGGGAAUUGGGAGAAACUACCAUCGGGAAAUAUUCUUCCAUCGACAUCAUCACAGAUGACUGAAAAUGGAAAUCGAAGUAGUUUUCCUUUCAAAUGUUUCAUUAUUACUCAGAUGAUUUUUAUUUGGACAAGCUAUACAAUAGUCGUGAGACAUUCUCGUUCAAACAUCCCCAAAAAUUUGCAAUACUUCCCAACAACAGUCGUAUAUCUUUCGGAAAUGAUCAAACUGAUUAUUGCUUUAUUCUUUGUCUUUCAACUCAAUAACUACAAUGUAAAAGAAUUUGCUAGAUAUAUGGCGAAGGAAUAUUUCGGGAAGCCAAAGGAUUUGCUGAAAAUGACUUUUCCGUCAGUAGCCUAUGCAUUUCAAAACAACCUUGACUUCGUGGCACUGUCAAAUUUGAAUGCGGGCAUAUAUCAUGUUACUACUCAACUUAAGGUGGUUACUACGGCUAUUUUUAUGAUGAUUAUUCUUGGACGACGAUUUUCAGGCACGCGAUGGCUUGCAAUUUUCUUACUUUUCGGUGGUGUUGCUGUUGUGGAGCUUAGCGUAAACGAAAGAAGUGUACCGGAGAAAAGCGAUGAAAAUUACAUGCUCGGAUUGAGCGCUGUACUACUCACAUGUGUGACGGCAGGCUUUGCUGGGGUAUACUUUGAAUAUAUGCUUAAAGCCGACAGUGAAACAUCGUUCUGGAUACGGAAUCUUCAGAUGUAUAGCUGUGGCCUAGUGAGCGCAGCUUUGGGAUGCAUUCUUUCUGAACGGAAUAAAAUUCUAACUAAAGGAUUUUUUUAUGGCUACAACAUUAAUGUCAUAGCUAUCACUCUGCUCUUAAGUUUAGGGGGUAUUUUUAUAUCACUUGUGAUGAAAUACCUGGAUAAUUUGUGCAAAAGUUUCGCUUCAGCAGUGAGUAUCAUCUUGGUCGUUAUGAUCUCCUAUUUAAUAUUCCACGAUAUGCAGCUGAAUUUAAUGUUUAUUACCGGUUCCAUAACUGUUUGCGGAGCAAUAUUAUUGUAUAGUUCUGUACAAGAAUGA